AUGGAUCUAAAAUCUAAGACCUCAUUCCCAUCAGACCCAUCAAGUAUCCAAUAUGCCCCCAGCAACAAAUCCAGUCCCGAGUUGGCCCUGGGUUAUGCCAAUAGGUCUGCAGUUUUAUACCACAUGGGAAAGUAUGAGGCCUGCCUAAAUGAUAUCAACCGAGCUUUGGACAAUGGUUACCCACAGAAUCUUAUAUAUAAAUUGCUUUACAGGAAGGCACAAUGUCAUUGUGCAUUAAAUAGAAAACUUGAAGCACAGACAGCUAUAGAAGCAACAAAAGAGGCAAUAGCCAGCUUGGGUCCAAGUGAACUUACCUGUAAAAGAAAAGACACCAUUGUGAAUGACUUGUUGCUCUUAAACAAGAAAGUGGACAAGAUUUCUGACUUGUGCUCUGCAGCACCACCUGUGUCUGAGUGGCUGCCAUUAAGCCACGGACCAAAUCCUGUUAUCCUGCAAGCAUCUGCUGCUGUAGGGUGGAAAUACAAUGAAAAACAGGGAAGAUAUUUGGUGGCAAACCAGUCAAUUGCAGCAGGGGACACGCUGAUUGUAGAGAAGCCAUAUGCAGCAGUUCUGUUACCAGACCAGUAUGACACACACUGCCACCACUGCUUUACCAAACUGCUGGGUUCUGUGCCCUGUCAGCAAUGUGUUGAAGUGCAGUAUUGCUCUGAGGAGUGCAGAGAUGCAUCGUGGGACAGUUAUCAUUGUAUUGAAUGCCCUUACUUGGAGAUAAUGCACUCUAUUGGCAUAGGACAUCUUAGUUUUAGAGUGGUACUGGUUAGUGGACUGCAAAAACUGUUAGCAUUCAGAAGAUCAAGAUCUCGCAUCUGCAGUCCAUCUGAAGCAGGACUAUCAGAAAAUGGUUCGUAUGGCACUGACUAUGAGACAGUGUACCAUCUUAUGACACACAGUGAACAUAUGCAGCCAGAGGACCUUUUUCAUUAUGCUUUGACAGCGACUCUUUUGUUAAAAUGUCUGAAGAAAAGCAAUUUUUUCAUGAAAGAUGGCCAAUCAAAAAAUCUCUACAAAAACCAGACAAACCAUGAAAAUGUUGAAAGUCUUAGCACUCUGACAUUGGAGAAAAGCAUGAAUGAUUGCAGUGCAUAUUCUGCUAAAAAUGAAGCAGAUGGUCGUCCUGCUCAAGACUUAAGUAACACAAGGCAGGCCACUGAGAUCACAUCUGAUGAUGAAGUUUACAUUGGUGGACUCUUAUUAAGACAUGUGCUUCAGCUGAUAUGUAAUGCUCAUGCCAUAACAGAGCUUCAGACAUCCUCCCUUUCAACAGAAUCCUUAGUGGACAGCCUUAGUCAAGUGAGAAUAGCAACAGCUAUAUACCCAACUGCCAGCCUUAUGAACCACUCCUGUGAUCCUACCAUUAUUUCAAGUUUUCAGAAUGACAUCUUGAUAGUCAAAGCAACCAAAGAUGUAGAAAAGGGCGAGGAGAUAUUUAACUGCUAUGGCCCCAACUGUAGGAGAAUGCCGUGGGCAGAGAGACAAAAGUGUUUGAAGGAACAAUAUUUCUUUGAGUGUACUUGCACUGCCUGUACAAAAGAUGUGGCAAAGGAGGAGAAAUUUAAGGCCCUGAAGUGCCCUAGCUGUGCAGGCCCUCUCACCUUCUCCAAACCAACACACUUAUUCUCCUGUGUCCAGUGUGGCCAGCAGACCCAUGCCACAGAGCAGUUGCAGGGAGCAGUACUGGCAAGGGAACUCUUUGUCCAAGGAAUUGUACAGCUGGAGCAAGGAAAUUACUCUGAAGCCUUGCCAAAGUUGAAGGAUUGUUACAAGUUGAGAUCUGAAGUGCUCUAUAAGUACAACCAGGACCUGUCAGAAGUUUGCGACCAGCUGGCAAGGUGCCAUGCUUCCCAGGGAAAAUUCCUAGAAGCAUCCAAGUAUCUAACCAGAAGUGUAGAAAGUACAGAAGUUCUCUAUGGAGUCAAUAGCAUUGAACUUGCCAAUGAACUUCAGAAGUACGCAGAAGUGUUGUACAAUGCAAAGAAAUUCAAAGAGGCGCUAAAUGUUACAGAUAGGGCAUUGAGUAUUUUCAAACUGCACUAUGAUCUUGCACACACUUCUGUGAAAGAAAUGAUGGAAUUAAAGUUCCAUUUACAGUAUGAACUCGGAAAAUAAGACAUUGCUUGUCAUGUCCAGCUUUUAUUGUCUUUGGAAUUGUAAGUCCUGUUACCAAACAAAUUUUAUGAAAUAAAUACAAGGUUAUCACAAAGCUUUAA